GUCAAGUGCUAGUCUCAGUUUUGCUUGUGACAACCUGUCAUGUCAAUGUUGCAUGCUGCUCCUGUUGCGGCUUCUCUCUCUCUGUGGAUCCCAGUGACUCCCCCCACCAGCUCUCUGAAUAUCCUCGCUCAAUGGAUCUUUAUCUGCCACUUGGACGCUGCAGGAACCAAUGCAUGGAGUAAAAUUCACAAUGUAUCUGGAAAAUUCCGAGCAAAGCAAAGUCUCUGGAGAUGGGGCGCUGUCUACCGAGGCUAUUCUUUCUGAGAAAUGUGUGGUCCCCAAAGUUACAGAAACUGCAGGUCUAAGCAGCCCUUCAAAGGGAAGUGCUGAACUGGGGAUAAAGGGUCUGGCAGAUUACACUGGGCAGACUGUUGUUGGAGACAUGGACCCAGCUCUCCUUUGUGAGCAACAUGGCAACUCAAAUGCAGAGGAGACUGAAUCCUCCCCGUACUGCAAUGGAAACGCUGAGAUUUUCGAGCAAUACUCAGCGAGUGAUGGAUUUUUUGAAUCCGGCCAGAACCUCGACGAGACGGAGACUGCGGGGUUAAGCCGACCAUUUGACGGAUGUGCUCAACACUGUGAGUGUUUUAGACUCUACAAGUCCUCUGAGCUCUGUGCUAAUCAUAGCUUAGCUUCCAUAUGUUGUCCUUGCUGUGAACACUGUCCAAAACACCUCAGAUUAUUCCAGCAAUGUAAGCCCUCCGAUCAACAGUCAGAGUCUUCUGACUUUGAGCCGGAUGAAGUAGGAGAGAACUGUGACAGUUUUCAGCAGCAUGGAAGGUCUUAUUUCACACCUGAAUCCACAGAUCGGUUUGAGUUACGACAACAAUAUGAACCGUUGAUUCAACAGGGCGACUCGUUUGACUCUGAGCAAGACACAUCGACAGAGGACUCGGAACAAAGUUUUUCAGAUAUCAUCUCUGACUCCCUGGAUGCGUUUGACUGCUCUGCUAAACCUUUUGAUUAUGAUGAAAGUCUGACCCAGACUGCAUACAUGGAUAAUGAUGAAGAACAUGAUGAGAGCUAUGAGCCAGAACAAAAUGAAAUGGAGCUAAGUGACGAGGAGUCACCCAGAUUAUCGGAUGACACUCCCAUCCAGGUGGAUUUUGAUGACAAUGACCCCUUUACAAGAGAGUUCAGUGAAACCCCUUUGUAUGAACAAGACAAUUUUCAGCUGGCUUCCACAGCAGAGAUGACCACAGGUGCCGGCGAUUCGUGCGGAAACGAUGAUGAUGGUUAUGAACCAACUCAACUGAGCGACUAUGAGAACAGUGUUGACUUCUGGACUGAAGAGGACGGCCGCUCAGAAUGCUCUUCUGUGGAAUCCAGAUCCUUCAAGACUUGUCUCGAUGACAGUUUUCCUUCUGAUCCUUGCUCCGAUUCGUCCGAGGAGUCUGACAAGGGAGCACAGGAAGAUUCAAGUGAUGACCAGAUUCAGUGGGAAUCUUUUGAGGAGGAGGAUGAAGACACCCAGGAAAGCAAUACGAACCGAAGUAACGAGGAUACAAAGAAAACGCCAACAGCUGAUGUGGUUAUUGAGGACUUCUUCGACUUCUUUGACAGAGUUGACCCCCAUGCGUUUGCCCAAAAACGUCAAUACAUCUCCUGCUUUGAUGGGGGGGAUGUUCAUUACCGGCUGCAUCUUGAAGAGGAAGCACAGAAGCGUAGCAUCACACCUGUACAUACAUUUGAAGACCUGGACGAGAACAUGAAUGAACAAGAAGAUGAUGUAUGUUCUGAAGAAGCACCAGAUGAGUCAGAUGAGGUCAAUGAAAAUCAGUCUGAAGAUUGGACCAUACAAUCACAUUCAAGUUCCACCCAAGAUGAAGCUGAAGAAGACGGAUCUGAAAGAUUUGCACUUGACGCAGAGGACAGUGAGGAGGCAGAGUAUGAUGAAGCUUCCGAUAGGCAUGUUUGUGAUGUCUGUGAUCAGGAACUCGAGGUCUGCCGGCGAUCUGUCAUUGGGGAGAGUAUGUUUGCUCCAUGCGCCAAAGAAAUCUCGGUUGAAGGCGAUGCUUAUGAGGAUCAGGUCUCGACUCGUCAGAAACAAGAACACCUCAGUGAUAAUUCCUCCGCAAUUGAUGAGACAGAGACAAAUGCUGAUCACAAAGAACAGGAUGAAGACGAGCCCAAGCCUGAGCUCAGUGUUUAUCUUUCAUGUUCAGAAAUGGAGCCAUAUUGGACACUCGUGUAUGCUGACAGAAGUGGCGAAUUUUGUGAAUCUGGCGUUGAAGAAUACUUCGCAUAUCAGAUUAGAACCAUUCAGACAUCUUGGAAACAAGCUCUAAAUGGAUUUAUAUCAGAAGGACAAUCAAAAUAUGAAAGCGCUGCUCCCAGGAACGAGACUGAAGAGGCGCUUUCCUCUCUGCCUGAGACCAAGUCAGAGCCGUACAAAUCAGUCACAUUUGAAAUUACUGACAUCACAGAUCUUGAGUCCACUGUUGUGGAAGAAACAGCCAAUGAGCAAAGUGCAGAAUCAGAGGAGGAGUUGAAUGACAUCUCAAGAGAAAUAGAACCCCCUUUAGGUAUUAUUCACAGCAUUGUCUUGCAGCAUGCAAACGAGGCCAGGGAUUCGGAAGAGGAGCAGAGCGACGACGAAUCGUACGAGUGUUGUGAAUGCGAGCACUGCUGUCCUCCAGUGGAGCAGGUUCCAGAAAAACCACUGCUCUCGCAAAUUCAGUCAAAUGAUGCAGGGAAGAUCUGCGUGGUCAUUGAUUUGGAUGAAACUCUAGUGCACAGCUCAUUUAAGCCAGUCAACAAUGCAGAUUUUAUCAUUCCAGUGGAAAUUGAAGGAACAGCUCACCAGGUCCAUGUACUAAAGAGACCCCAUGUUGAUGAAUUCCUGAAGAGGAUGGGAGAAUUAUUUGAGUGUGUUCUCUUUACAGCAAGUUUAUCCAAGUAUGCUGAUCCAGUGUCAGACCUGUUGGAUAAAUGCGGGGCCUUCAGCAGCCGUCUCUUCCGAGAGGCGUGCGUCUUCCACAAAGGGAACUACGUCAAAGACCUGAGCCGUUUAGGAAGAGACCUCAGCAGGGUUAUCAUCAUUGACAACUCCCCAGCCUCCUACAUCUUCCACCCAGAAAACGCAGUUUCUGUCGUUUCCUGGUUUAAUGACACAUCAGACACAGAGCUCCUCGAUCUUAUCCCCUUCUUUGAGAGACUUAACGAAGCGGACGACAUCUAUGAUAUUCUCAAACAGCGGACGACUUCCAGCUAACAGAGGAAGGAUAUAUGUGGGUAAAGAAAGCUACCAGCGACUGUCGUCAUGGGGCCAUGGAGGCUGAUGAACUGCAGGCUCCAUAGUACUCCCCACCACAAGGACCAUGCUGCAAAGAAAAAAAAGACAGGGGAAAAAGUCUCAUUUUAUUAUUGGAUAAAUGCAUCCAUGUUCAUAUGAGUUUACAAGAUCUAUGAAGAUCUGCGGAUAUCUUCUGUGCAGCAGCAAGUCUGUUGUUGUUACCUGACCUUUAUGAGUGUGCUGCACCGCUUGACUGUGUGAACAGUUGCUCAGCCCUCUACAAAUAGCCUUUUACAAAUAAACUGUUGUUAAUCAUCUUAAUGUUGCUGUAAUGUAGCAUUUGCACACCAGCACUAUCUCAUGCUUUUACACAGAACAGAAUAGUUUUCAGGGGUCCUUGAGUCCUUUGCCUUAAUAUCUUUGCCUCAAACAGUCUGAAGAGACACAAAUGCAAUUUGUAAGUAUAUUAUAUUUUUACAAUAUUUUUUUUCUAAGCAAAUAAUAUAUAAAUCAGAGUAAACCUGAAUCUAUUCUGCACAAAAAGGAAUAGUCAUUUACUUUCUCACAAAUCACUUGCUUUUGCUGCACACUCUGUGCACAGGCUCGGUAUUUCAGUGGUGUACUGUGCCAAAAUAAUACUGCUACUGCAAUUAUCAGUCGCAUUCUGGAGCCUCUGAAAAUAGUGGCUGAGGCGAGUUUCAGAUUCUUUGACUUUCAGUAGUUAUAUUGACACAGCCAGUUCAUUCUAGCACUGCAGCAACUUUAUUCCACCGUACUGUGCUGGGUGAAUAGCACGAAGACAGAAUGCCGUAACAUUUCCUUUCUCGACUGUUACACCUCUGUAUUGCCAUGGGAAGUAGUAACAGAGGUGUAAAUGGGGACAAAAUGAGUGAUCAAUGAACUGACGUUCAAUGGUAAGUGAUGAGGCACAAUGAUGAGGAACACUUGCCCGCUGUAGCUUUUGGCAGUUAAAAAAAACAAGGACAUUUACUAUGGGAAACCUUAACCAGUAGUCUGCUGUCACUGUAUAUAAUCCAGAUACUCAUUAAAUUAAAAAUAAUCAUUAAAUUAUAAUAUUACUGCCAGCCACUUUUGACAAAACUUUAAAGCUCAUAUGCAGUCUUGCCAAAAACAUGCUAAUUCUUUGGACUUUAACAAUGUCUGAAUGCUUAAUUAUAUGGCUUAUAAAGGUAAAUCUGGAUCUCUUAUAGGGAGUGCAGUAAUAGUAUUAUAAUACGCCUUCCUGACUGGACUUUUCCCACACAGAAAUGUGCCAUAGAAGAGAGGGUGAGAUUAUUUCUGUAAAUACAGUCUAUCAGGAUUUUCAACUAUAAUUUCAUGCCAUGUCUCCUAGUUGGUCAUCUCAGUGUGAGGCCAAUAAAUCAAUUAAAGUGCUUUAUACACACAGGCAGAGGAUGUCACUUAAUGUGGCACCUUUGAGAUGUUUGGGUUUACGCACACUUUGAUGCUUCACGCCUUAAAUGUUGAAUGCAAGCUUUUUUGUAAAGUCAAGUGAAUGAUAUUAAAGAGGUGUACAGUCAGUCCGCAUUAACUGGGCCUGAGAGUGGAGCGAGAGUGUGUAUUAUUUGUCCUUUAGGGUGUGAGAUUGUGUCACAUUGAGUAUUUGUAUUGGUUUCAUAUGUG